AUGGAUUGUAAGCUGAGGAAAGCAGAUGGUGGGGGGGCCCCUGGGGGGGCCCCAGGGGGCCCCCGUCCUCCCCCUCCUCCCCCUAUGGGUGGACGUCACCCUCAUGGGUAUCGUGGAGGCCCCGAUAACUAUAAAAUAGAUAUGGAGUAUCGUCGUAUGAUGGACGAACUAAGUGGAGAGAAAUCGGGUUUGGGGGCCCUUGAUGGUCCUCGUGCUAAUGGGAAUGGGGGCCCCUCUGGGGGCCCCGGGGGCCCCUAUAGUAGCCCUGGUACAGGGACAUCUCCAGGGUCUGGGCAUAAUACCCCACCACCAGGGAUGUCUCCCUCGGGUCCUGAGGGCCCCGGGGGGGGACGUCCUCCUCCUCCCCCUAUUGUCUUAACACCAGGGAGGAUGGGGGGCCCCAUGGGGGGCCCCAUGGGAUGCCCUCCACCACAUAUGAUGCCAAUGAAUGGAGGGGGCCCCAGGGGGCCAUGGGGUGGACCCGGGGGGCCCCCACAAGGUAUGGGAGGAGAUAUGCAUUGGCCUGGGGGCCCAAUGCGCCCUCCCCCUAUGGGUAUGAUGCCUGUAGGCCCAUUCCCUCAUGGGGGUAUGCCAUGGCCUAUGCAGCCAAUGGGUAACUUUCCUCCUCCUCAGCAACCAAUAGGAGACAGAGGAAUGCCAAUGAUGGGUAUGUGGGGAGGCCCUAUGGGUGGGGCCCCCAUGGGGCCCCCAAUGGGGUAUAUGCCUGUCCCGCCUGGCGGACAAUGGCCAGGUGCACCCCCUGCAGUAGGUGGGGCUCCUAUGACGGGGGCCCCAAAUGGGGGGCCCACCGCACAAUCCCUACCACCUGUACAGGGGGGCCCCUCUCCUCCAUCCGUACCUCCUCCCUCUGCUCCUUCUAUGCCUCCCCCCCCUGUACCCGCGGGUAGUGCAGACCCUGAUAGUAUGGAGUGUGGUGACUAG